GUUGUCAUGGGCUGCAAGGCGGCUGGAGCAUCCCGCAUCAUUGCCGUUGAUAUCAACAAGGACAAGUUUGCCAAGGCCAGGCAGCUGGGAGCCACCGACUGCAUCAGUCCUCACGACUUCAAGAAGCCCAUCCAGGAGGUCCUCAUUGAGAUGACGGGCCAUGGCGUGGACUACUCCUUUGAGGUCAUUGGGCAUGCCGAUACCAUGACUGCUGCCCUGGCCUCCUGCAACAUGAACACUGGCGUCUGUGUGAUGGUUGGGGUACCAGCUUCUGGUUCUGUGAUUUCCCUCGAUCCUAUGCUUCUGCUGUCUGGGCGUACAUGGAAGGGCACUCUGCUUGGAG